CAUUGCCAAAGGUUUUUUAGCUGUCCAUUUGUUUCGUGCUUUAGGGUCCACCUGAUGAGUGGUCUGGCCAUCAAAACUUUGAGGAUGACCUGAUGAACGGCUUGGAUCUUGCACUUGUGCUGUCUUGACAUAUGUAGUGACAUGUGGAGAGGUUGGGCUUAUCUGUGUGCAGUUGUCAAAUCUGUAUGAAAUAUGAGUAUCUCAUGGGCACAUUGUAGUAGAAUGCCCAUUCUAAUUGAACAUAUGCAUAUGAUACAUUUUCUGACAGUUUUGCCUCUCAAGCUCACAGCACCAUGUAUAUAUUUUAGUUAGUCUUGACAACAAUGUAAUAGAAAUGUCCUCUUGGCAUGAUCUUGGUGGUGAUGUGCUUUCAUUCUCUCAAUAUCUAAUGCUAUUCCAUGUACCCAGUCUCACGGAAAAUUCACUGUUUAUUGUCUCAUUUAUGGUAACAUGUGCAAUUCAAUUCUGGUGGCUCUGUGUAUAAUAAUUUCUAUGGCGCUUUUUGUGUUUGCCCAUAGGUAUUAUUUAAUAAUCAUUGCAUAUAAACAGUGGGAGAAGACCAAGGGUUAUUCUUUAUCACUGCCUGCUAGGGAGUACUGUAAAUGCAAUGGGCAGAUUUUCCUCGUAGCUUUAGCCAGGCACAUUCCUGUGCAAGGAUUACUGGUUCUUCUCCAAGAGGCGGUGAUCAGGUGGCAACUACAACUGAUAAUGAAAGUAGUCCAAUGGUUAACAAUUUGGAUACCCAGGGAGAGGAUAUCCAGAGUCCAAUGGUUGAUGGUACAGCGAAGAAGAAGAGAGUCUCACGGAUUGCAGGUGGAGGGCUUCGCCAGUUCAGCAUAAUAGUUUGUAAGAAGGUUGAGAGCAAGGGAAGAACCACAUACAGCGAGGUUGCGGAUGAAAUCAUAGAAGAAUUUUCAGCAACAGACAGUGAUACUGUGACUCUGAAUCAGUACGAUGAGAAAAACAUACGGCGACGGGUGUAUGAUGCAAUAAAUGUUCUCAUGGCUAUGGAUAUUAUUGCCAAGGACAAAAAGGAAAUACAUUGGAAGGGGUUUCCCCGUACGAUAAUUAAUGACAUUGAAGAGCUACAGGUAUGCAGCCGCUUGAAACUGAUGAGUAAGAUUGAAAACAAAGCAACCUACUUGCACGAAUUAGAAGAACAGAUUGUAGGUCUUCAUAACCUAAUGCUGCGCAAUCAGCAAGUGCACGAGUUGGGAAAUAAUGUUGCAGGAGUUCCCUUGCCAUUUAUACUAGUUCGGACACGCCCACAGGCAAAGGUUGAGAUCGAGAUCUCUCAAGACAUGCAGUUGGUGCACUUCGAUUUCCAUGGCACACCCUUUUCACUGCAUGAUGACACAUACAUCCUCAAGGCAAUGAGACACUGCCGUGACCCAGAGCUCGCACGAGUCCUUCAAAACUCCAACUGUGCAGGCAAGUCCCUGGGCUCCAUCCCCUUCUCGUGGCAUUCCACAGUUCCAAAUGCCUGACCCAACGCGAGCAUUUUGUUGUAUUGUGGUAAAAGAAAUGGACUAUAAUAUAUUUUCAACAGCCAUAUUGAUAGUAGUGGAAAAGACGGAAUAACAGAUUUGCUUUUUGGACUAUCAUAUAUUUUCAACAGCCAUAUUUAUAGUAGCGGAACACUACAACAGAUUUGCUUUUUCUUCCACUUCCUUUUUUUUUUUUUUUUUUUUUUUGUCUUUCAAGGAUUUGGGGAGCCUCUAACUUGAACUUGGAGAGGCUGGAAAGACUUUGUAAAUGAUGACUUUACACAUGAUUGAUAUAUAUACACCACGGAUAGAAGCCACUUCGCAUUUAAGGGCAA